GGAGGAGAGAGGUAAAUAGCCUUAAAUCGGAAGGGAGCUGCUUCUCUGUGGUCUUCCACAAGAGCUGCCUGGGCUCUGCUGGCUCAGUAAUAACUGAGUGACCUUUUCUUUUGCUGUAUUAUGUCUGGCUGGUAAGGGAUUGCAUUUUGCAGCUGAUAAAGCCCUGACUUCAUUCAACUCGGCUCCUCACACGCUGCUUUAGGUAAGUUGUCUUCAGCCAGGACGGAGACAGACAGCCUUGGACUGCAAGAUACUAAAAGGAGGACACCUGUAGCUCGGAUGCGGUCAACACAAUUACUUGGCGGAUCCUUGAGGACCUCAUUAUUUUAAACUUAAAGAAUAGCGAUCUCCCUCCCCAUCUCUCCCACCCCCCCUUUAUUUUUUUUCCCCAAACAAUGCUUCUUUUUGACCUUUCCCAAGGAGAAGAGCUACAAAGCAGCCACUGUGCUUAUUGAACUGCCUCCCCUCUAUCGCUUAAUUGAGAAGAGCCGCUCGAAACGUGCUCUCAAUUACCAAGGGAGUAGCUUAAUUUCCCACUCCCCGGCUCUAAUCCGCCAGCCUCCCCGUACAGCAGUUUCAUUUGCAGCCGGCUCGGCGCAGGGUUAACCCUUUGGGCAGCGCGGCGGCGGCAGAGGCGGCCCGGAGGCGGCGGGGGAGCUCCGGGAAGCCCCCACCGGCCGCGGGUUACCCGGCAGGAGCCAGCGCUCCUCGUGGGAGCCUUUCGGGGGGGCUUUUCGGCUUCCUCUUUUCCCUCUUCGCUCCCGGUGCGGCGUGUGACAGCGUGACAGCUCCGACAAAGCCGCCCACCGGCGCAGCGCCGGGACCCGGCGCCGAGGGGUGCCCGGGGACAGCGUGCGGUCGUGCCCCGCAGCCCUCCCCCUCCGCUCCGUGCCGGGGGAGCGAACGCUCGCUGCUCGGGCCGGGCCUCGGCGCUUCCGUCAGGAGGAGCUCCGCGGGCGCCCGUACAGCGACUCAUGCAGAAAAAGGAGAAAAGUUUUGCGUUCGCGUGUGUGUGCAGCGAGGAGACCCCCCGUGCCCCCGGCUAGAGAGCCGCGCAGGACCGCCGGUGACAGCGGCGAAACCGGCCAGGUGCAGCCAACCUCGCUGCGCGCAUCCCCACGCCUCCCUCUGCCCCCACCGCCCCAUCCCUGCUGAUGCUUGGGAAAAGGAAUUAGCACAAAAGGCUCGAGCGUCCGGCUCCGAAAGGGAGUCUUUGUUGUAGAGUGUAUACAAAUGCUCUCAGUCCAGCCAGACACCAAGCCGAAAGGUUGUGCUGGCUGCAACCGGAAGAUUAAAGACCGGUAUCUUCUAAAGGCCCUGGACAAAUAUUGGCAUGAAGACUGCCUGAAAUGUGCCUGCUGUGACUGCCGCCUGGGGGAGGUGGGCUCCACUCUGUACACCAAAGCCAACCUUAUCCUUUGUCGCAGAGACUACCUGAGGUUAUUUGGCGUUACAGGAAACUGCGCUGCCUGCAGUAAGCUCAUACCUGCUUUUGAGAUGGUGAUGAGAGCUAAGGACAAUGUUUAUCACCUGGACUGCUUUGCAUGUCAACUUUGUAAUCAGAGAUUUUGCGUUGGAGACAAAUUUUUCCUGAAGAACAACAUGAUUCUGUGCCAGACAGACUAUGAGGAGGGUUUGAUGAAAGAAGGUUAUGCACCCCAGGUUCGCUGAUCUGAUGCCGCACCGUUAAGAAUACAAAGCACUAUGUUCUUUUAUCUUUUUUGCUCAACAUGUAUAUAAGAAAUGACACAGGAACCUACUGAAUAGCGUAGAUAUAGGGAGACAGAAUGGUCGCGUGAAAUAAAAGGCGGACUGCAUCUGUAUGUAGUGAAAAUUGCUCCAGUUCAGAGUUGAAUGUUAAUUAAAAAGGUACUGUACAUACAGCUGGAUUCUUUUGCUUGCUAUUGGGGUUUUUGUUUAUUUGUUUGGGGUUUUUGUUUUUUUGUUUGUUUCUUUUUGUGUCACUUGGCAUGAGAUGUUUAUUUUGGACUAUUGUAUAUAAUGUACUGUAAUAUUUGAAGCACAAAUGUAAUACAGUUUUAUUGUGUUACCAUUUGUGUUCCUGUUUGCUUCUUUGUAUUGUUGCAUUUAGUACAAUCAGUGUCUAAACUUACUGUAUAUUUAUGCUUUCUGUAUCUAUCAGCUAUUUUAAAUGAGCUGUAUCUUUCUAGUAAAAGGAAUUAAAGAGCAAAUCCCAACCAUUAUGCUAUA